GCAUCACAAUGUCUCAGUUGGACGGUAAUAAAAUGUCCCAACCAGUCCAGACAAAACUCGAACUGGCCUACUACUUGAACGAACACCAAAAGGAAUACACGACAUACUCGUCCAUCAACAUAAUGUGCAUAACCUUCAACGUCAACUCCCGACUGCCAAAGGAAUCACUGCGAGAAUUAUUCCUUCCUCCUCCCGAAUAUCCCCUCCCAGAAAUAUACGCAGUGUCCCUCCAGGAAAUGGAUUUGGGCACAGAGGCCUUUCUGAGGUCGUCGGGGAUCACCGUCCGCGAACAAGAGUGGUUGUCCCUCAUCGACCGAUACAUGAAUGGAGGAUUCGUGAGGACAUCCCGACAGCGACUUUUUGGCAUCACACUUUUCAUUUACACGGCAAAUCACUGCCAGGGGGACAUUUCGUUGGUCAGGGAACAGUAUUUGGCCACUGGGCUGAUGGGACUGAUUGGCAAUAAAGGGGGAUUGGCUGCCACACUUCGUUUCCGUGACUCACAAAUCACGUUUGUGGGGUCACACUUUCCUGCCUAUGACGAGAAUGUUGCUGAAAGAAAUCAAAACUUUCGAGAUAUGGCAAAUACGUUUCUCCAAGACAGACAAGACGUGGUUUUUUGGUUGGGGGAUCUCAAUUACCGACUGACCAAUAUCCCAAACGACCAUGUCCGUUGGAAAGUCAAAAACGGCCGUCUUUCCGACCUCCUUGCGGCCGACCAACUGUCUGUCGGGCGACGGGAAGGGGAGGUGUUUGUGGACUACGAGGAGGCCCCAAUCACGUUCCCGCCGACCUACAAAUUCGACAGUGGGACUGACCAGUACGACUCGAGUGGGAAGGGCAGAGUCCCCGCCUGGACUGACCGUGUCCUCUAUUUCCACUGUCCUGCCAAUCCCGUCCAGUGUCUUGUCUAUCAAAGCCUUCCGAAUAUCCGUUUUAGUGACCACCGACCUGUUAGGGGACUGUUUUCCGUGCAAGUGGGGACCGUUGACCAACGGAAGAAGGAGAAGACGACGAAAUAUUUUUAUGAAGAGAAUUCCAGGAAGGAAAUGCACCUCCAGCCGAAGGUCCUCAUUUCUAGCAACGAACUUCGCUUUGGUGAGGUCUUUUUCAUGGAAAUUGUCGAACGCACAUUUUCCGUGAGCAACGUCGGGUCCACGGAAGCCCUUUUUGACAUUGAGGUGGCUGAUUCUGAGAAUGGACUGAGAAAAACGUGGGUCACCGUGGAGCCGCGGAGUCACCUCCUUCACCGCGGGACGUCGGUUACCGUGCACGUGUCUAUCCACAUCACCAGUCUCGAAUUGGAGUACUUCCGUGAAAAGAAAGGAAAGAUAGACCACAUGUUGAUCAUCAAGGUCAACGGAGGGUCACAUUAUUUCGUCUCGGUUGAAGGAUUCUUCCCUCCCACCUCCGUCGGACAGGAGCUCAAGUAUACGUGUUCUCUCGUGGAGCCAAUUGCCUGUCAGACACGGAGUGAAGUGGAUGGUUGUCAGAGGGAAUUGCCAGUCCCCAAAGAACUAUAUUUUCUGAUUGACUGUUUUCUGCGUCAAAGACAGGAGGACAUCCACACUUGUUUGGAGGAGGAUCGUCAAAGUGAGAUCUGUCAUAUUGUCAAGUGUAUGGACGGGUAUUGUCAGUGCUGUACUCCUGCCACUCUCGAGGGUGAUCAUUUAUUAAUAUUUGUAGCCUCAGCCCCGGCCACACUGCAGACAAUCCUCGUGAUUCUAAGCUGCCUUCCUGAGUCGUUGGUGAGUCCUGAUCUAAUGGAGUACUUUGAGAAUCCGUCGGUCUCGUCGGUGGUGAAGGUAUGGUUGGGGGUUAAAGGGAGGUGAUUGAGUUAAUGUCUUCUCACUGUCGACGGGUUCUGCUUUAUUUGAUGUCGUUCUUCCGCUUCAUUAGUCGUGGUUGGAGUGAACACGAUAAAUACUUUUUGGCAACGAGGAUUGAGCCGGUCUUGUUUAGUGGUGCAAAUUUAUACUUUGAGGGGGACGUGAACAAACGAAUUUUGUUCAUUCUUUAUUUCACUAAUGAGGACGACUUGACAUUUAACCAAAUUUGGGGGGAUAUUGACGCCAAGUACA